AUGGUGACUUCUAUGGCUUUUUACAACGAAUAUGAGGAUUGGAUAUAUGAUCUUCCCACUAUCCGGGCGUUAAUACAAGUUAGUCGGGAAGCGAGAAAAGUCGUCCUCGCCGGUCGCCAGCUACAUCGGUUUAAGGCGGAUAACACGUACGAAACUCACAGCUUUAGAGGUGGUGUUUGCUACAUGGAGGGUGAGGAAAAAAAGCAUCCUAUCUUGCACAAGUUCUUUUAUGUCAACUGGGACAUCGACAUGUUCUACUUUCGGCGCGGCAAGCAACGUUACGUCACAAGCAUUUUCGAUGCCGAAAUUAGGGGGAAGAUUAAGCACAUUGCUAUCGAAAUCAAUGGACCAGCAGAGGUCCGACGAACAAUAACUGCGCCAAACUAUGAUCAACUCUGUGAUGAAGUUAGUCCAUUCCCUGCGCAUUUCUUCACAUAUUUUCUGCCAUCGCUCAAAACGGUCUAUCUGGCGAUGAGCUUCUACGCUGUACAUAGAAGUUGCGCCCAUAUAGCACGCAGGCCGCUUAAAGGCUUGGAGAAUAGCCUUAAGUGGUUUGAUGAAGACUUCGACAUGGAGAUAGAUGAGGACCAGAUGUCCGAGCACUACAGGAUACUAGAUACCUGGUUCACCGCCGACUUUGGCUUUCACCACGUCGACACAUUUUCUGUUCGUUACUGGCGGCAUCGCAUGUGGUAUAGCCCUGGGCUGGCACCCGACUCUCAGCAUUCGGUCCAGCGCGAAUUCAAACACUGGGUCAAGGAAAUGGUUUCUCUGGCCAAGGAAGAGGCCGCGGAAGAGCUUAGACAGCUCCCUAAGUUCAAAAUGGUCAUGGACCAUAAUGGCGCCUAUGAGGCUAUGAUCGAAGGAUACAACCGAAGCAAUGUUGGCCUCAGACCUAACAGCGAAUUCUGUUCUUUGUGUGCAUAUGGCCGACGAUGA